AUGGACGACUGGGACGACGAUUUUGGCACUGCGCCGACGCAGGGCGGUGCUGCCGACCCCCUCGUGGAUGCCGAGUAUGCUCGCAUCGAGCAGCGAUACACCGACGCUGGAUACCGCGAGGGCAUCACAGACGGCAAGCUCGCGACUUUGCAGGAGGGCUUUGACACCUCAUUCGCCGCCAGCGUGCCGGCAUCAAGGAGGCUCGGCGCGCUCCGUGGUCGCGCCAACGCCCUGCUCUCCAUAGUCUCUGCGCCGCCCGCCGCGAGAGGUACCCGUGCAGGCUCGGGCUCUGGCUCGACGUCCGCUGGAGCCGCUGCUGGCGGUGCGGGCGGCGUGGAUCCCAGCCUGGUGGAGCAGGUUCGUGCCCUCGUGUCGGACCUGUCCCGCGUGCGCCGCGACGAUGUGCUGCCGAUCGACACGGAGCGCAUCGACCACGAGCGCGACGAGCACGGCGACGACAACGCGUUUGAGCUGGAGAGCAACCCCCAGCGCGACAUGGAGGGGCUCGAGGAUGCGCUCGGCCGUAUGGGCGGCGGUGCCGCGGCCAACGGCUCGACGGCGAACGGCGCGCUGCGUGAGGAGGCCCUCCUCACGUCCUUGGAGAGCAGGGUGGACGCCCUCGAGAACCUCGUUAUCGGUGGUCACGCUUGA